UUUUCCUGGAUAGACUCGGGGCCAGGGCACUGUCCUCGCCCGGAGGAGGAGGCGGAGCGUGGAUUCCUGGAAGCGGCCGCCGGAGGCUCCCCGCUCCGGGGCUCGUGCUCUCCGCGCUCUCCGCUGCGGAUGCGGGUCCCGGCGGCGCUCCGCACCGUAUCUCCGGCGCCGCCACGCGCCCUUGGCCUUCGCCCCGGCCCGCCUCCCUCCCUGGGGCCGGGCGUCCCUCCUGAGGCGGGACUCUUCUGCAGCCCGGAAGGGGCUCUCUCAACUCGCUCUCGAGCUCAGCGCCGGCACCCGGCAGGGCGCGCGGGGCAGGCGGAGAAAAGGUCGCUGUCAGGACUUCCUGCCCCCGUCGCCCCGACCGAGUCGGCAGGAAAAGUUUUCCCGACCAGGGCAGGCGUGUCCUCUUCACCCAGGAGGUGCGGGCUCGGCGGCUCUGGGGCCCGCGGCGCGGAACUGGGUUCGAGGAGCCGUGGGGAAAGAAAUCAGCUCGGGAGGAGCCGGGCCCCACAACUUAGCGCCGGGACAGGCGGGCCCGCCCCCGUGGCACCGCCUCCGCCUCCGCCUCCCCCGACUGAGCCCCUUCCUGCUGCCGCCGCCGCCGCCGCCGCUGAGGCCGGCCCGGGGUGCACCCCGGGCGCGGGGACGCACGGGUCCGGCAGGAGUUUCCCCCGAGCGCGCGUCCGCCCGCCGGCCCCUCCCGCCCCCGCCGCCCUUUCCUCUCCGCUUUUGGACCCGGGGUGCGCCGGGAGGGCGCAGGGGGCGGGCGGCGGCGGCGCGCGGAGGAGGAAAAGGAGAGCAAGAAGAGGACCUUCCCCGGAGAGAAGCCUGCUCCAGCUGCAGCCGCGAGUCCCCUCCCUCCCUCCCGCCCCGCAAACACGGAGAUGGCGGCGGCAGCUGCGAGAGGAAACGCCGGUUCUCCAGCGCCACUCGGCACUCCUGCACCGCCCGCCACGAGCAGGAGGAGACAGCGGCGGUGCAGUGGCCGCUGGGUCAAUAGGCGCCCGCAGCCCCGGAGCCGAGCAGGCGGCGGGCCCCGCCCCCUCCCGACGCGCCGGGAUGAGGGGGCGGGCUCCCCGGCGCCCAAUCACAACGCGCCGCCCGCCGGGCCCGCCCAGCGUCGGCCUCCCGGAGCCCCGGCGGAGGGAAGACCUCAGGCGGCUUUUGUGACCUAGGAGGGAGAGUUGCUGAAGUUGAGGCCCUGAGAGGCCUUGGGGAGCCAGGCAGCCCCGUUCUGCUGCGUUUUCUCCCCACUUCCUUUUCGAUGCCCAGGUUUCCUGUCCUUGAGGUCCCAGGCCUGGGGUGCUUUGGACGGAAACUCGAUGAGAAGAAGGAGGCUGCGAAUUCUGUUCAGACUCAUCUUUACCUCCAUUGCUUUUGGUGACUUCUGUUGAACCCUGAGGGAAAAGAGCCUACCUGCCGGAGAUCCCUCCAGACAGGUGUAGGUACCUGGCUACAAAAUCUGUGAGGGGAACCUGAGAAGUGAUGCUUGUGCCAUGUGUUGAAUCACUGCCCCUCAACUCCAAAUUCACCCUUUUUGACUGCACUGUGAAAAUGGAUCUGGGCCUUUUAAAGCAUCUUCUGUUUUCUGCUGGCAUCCAUGAAACAGUAGCAGGCCCCAGACUCUUCACAUAUCCUGAAACUACUCACCUACCUAAGAGAAUCUUGACAUUAUUGACAUAAUCUCCACCUCCCUGUGCCUUUCGUCCCAUGGAAGGAAGCUGUGAGAGGGGAUGAGUCAAGCAACAUAAUAAACUUCUGAGAAGGUGGCAGCACGCCUGAUAUAUAUUUGAGGAACCAUCCCUUUUCCACGCUUUAUGUAGCUGUUCUCCACAAUUGGGCUGGUCUCCAGGGUAAUCCAACUUUGGAUAAAGAUCGGAUUCAGCAUGACCUGCAACCAGGAGAUUAUACAUACUGGAAAAGAUAUCAGAUAAAGGACUCUUUACAGCUACCUUGGAAGAAACCAUAGUAGGCUGCUCCUGGAUGAACUGCAACUCCUGUUUUUGACACCGGACUACAACUAAGACUAGCACUACCAGACCAGGAUGAGAAGAUGAUAUCUGAAUUAUAAGACUAACCCAAGAUGCUGGACUAGGCCUGUAUACUGGAUACUUCGACAGUUGCUCAUGCUUUUGCUUAUAAACCAAAUGUAUUUCAUCUUUGUGCUCAAUCUUAUGCAAGUUUCAAAAAUUAAUCAAAUUUCUAGGUUUAUGGCCAAUUACCAAUGUCCAUUACUCCCUGGUUGCCUUGGUGAAUUUUUCUUCUCCAGGGCUCUAACUGGAUGGCUUUUAGAAAUUUUUAUUAAAGAAAAGAAACUCUAGCACCAUUCAAGCUAAUAUUACCACCAAUAUUACUAAAUGAGACCCUCUUACCCAGCCAAUUAAUAAUGCCUAUUCUGAACCUGACCAUAAAUACUCCUUUUCAUUAGAUGUUGAAUAUUGGGUAGCUCCUAACAGGAUCCAGUGGAAUUUUGGAACAAGUUUAUGACCUUGGUUCUCCCCAGGUUGCUUAGGAAGGUAUAUAAUUGGUUUCCCUUGGGCCCAAGGUAACCUGCAGGUAACCUUGGAAACAGCCCCUGCCAAUCUUCCUAUCUGCUUUUAAUGCAGGCACACUGGGCUCGAUCAGUUUUCCAAUAGUAUGAUCAUAUGAUCUCAAUGUUUGUUCCUUCACUUGGAAUAGAAGAUAUCAUUAUUCAUAUAGAGGCUUUAACAAAAUUCACUCGGCAAGGUUUGAAUGGUAGUAAUCAACCCAUUAGCUGCUCAAUUUGGACGUCUCCAUGAUGAGAAAAUCAGUCCUACAGAAUUGCGUGGCCCUCAGUAUUUUAGCUGCUUCCCAAGGGGAACUUGUGCUGUAAUAUGUACUGAAUACUGGGUAUUUGUACCUGAAGAGUCUUCAAAUGUUACCAAUCUUAUGACCCAUAUGAAGUGUCACAUUUCUGCUCUGAACAAUCCUCUUCCCAGUUUAGGGGAAACACUAGGAAAAUGGUUUGGUUCAGGAGGAUCUUGGCUUAAAUAUUUGCUAAUAAUGUUGUUGAUCCUACUGGCAAUUUUAGUUAUAGUUUGUGGAACUUAUAAGGUAAUAGUUUCUUGCCUUUCACACUAUGUGUCACUUGCUCAUACUAAGAUGAUGUCUAAAUGACUUGAAACUAUAGAUCACACCAAUAGUUCUCUAUAAAAUAAUGGGCAUACACAAUGCACAUGUGAGAAAAAUUGGCUUUAGUCUUAUUGGACAAUUUAAAAUUGACUGUCAGUCCUUGCCAAACAUUCUGCUAGUUUAAACCCCCCGAAAAAGAGAGAACCAGGCUAUUAAGACUUGGCAUCAAUGGACAUGAUGGAACCAGUGCAGGCAAGCAACCACCCCAGCAAAAUGUUUGUUCACCUACUGCUUUCUAGCAAAAGAUUAAUGAUUAAAAGGGGGAAAUUGUGAAAUAAAAUUCAUAUUUUAUGACAAGAAGCAUUUAAACAUAAAAAAAUUUUUUUUCUUCACCCUUUGGCUUCAUCUCUCCCCUCUAUUGUGUUUUAUACAUUGACCAAACCUCCCCCAUUAGCAGAAAUACCUUCUCAACCAUAAAGAGCAACAUUUUCCUUGCAUCAAUAAGACAACUCCUUAAAAGAUAACAUUGCUUCUUGAUCUUGUAAAGGACCAUGAUGGCGCUUAGAUAUGGAUUACGUAAACUGUCAAUAAUAUGUC